UGAUGCCAUAUAAUUUCGCGAGGAACACGUUCUAUUUUAUUUUGUGAUUAUUUUGGUACUAGGCUAAUUUUAAGAGACCUUUUCAUAUGAUUUCAUGAAAAAACAUAAUUUCAGUGUUUUUGAGUGUGUUUGAAUGUUGAUAAUCUGUUACCUUUAUUGAAAUUCAUUAACAUUUGUUUCGAUAAAUUGUUUAAAUAUCAAUAUAAGUUAUAACUCCACAUGGUACAUUAGUAUAUUUUAGACUAUUAAAAAUUUUAAUACUGGACAAUUUAAAGAUGCAGCGAUUAGGUAAAAGGAAGAAUGCAUCAAAUCAUGCAGACCAAGUUUGUUCCCCGAAAAAACAAGAAAUUAUUCCAAUGUGUACGGUAGAUAUUGGUAGGGAUGAGACAUCAAGUAGUGAGGAAAAUGACUCUGAUGUUGCAGAUGAACUUUUCAAAAAGUUAAGAAAGAACAGAAAUGAAUCUGGUAGUGAAGAAAAUGAAGAGCUUGAUUCAGGUGACAGUAGUGAUGAUGAUACUGUUCAUAAAAUAUUAGAUGACAGCGAAGAAGAAGAAAGUGAUGAUGAUGAUGACAAUGACAAUAGGGAGGGUAUUGGUUGUACUGACAAAAGAAAUGAUGACAAUAAAAUUACAGCAUCUGCAAAAAUAAAAUUGUCUAAAGCUAACAAAAAUUUAAAAGAAAUUGGAGACUUGCCUGGUAAUGAAAAAGAUAAAAAUAUGCUUGAUUCAUCUGAAGAUGAAGGAAGUGGUGACUCUAGUACAGAUGAAGAAGGUUCUAGUGACGAUCAGGAAGAGUACACUAAAAUAAAUACAAGAGACAAAUCUACUUCAAAAUUAAAAGGUACAUUAGUCAUGCUGGAAACAGGUAAAACAAAGCAAAAUGAAGUUGAAAGUUCUGAUGAUUCUUCUAGUGAUGAUUCCAGUGUAAAUGAUGAUGAUGCAGAGUAUAAUAUUAAUGAAGUAAAACAUGUUAAUGAAAAAUUACAGACUGCAGGAAAAAGUUUAACUGUAAAAGGCACUGGUAUGAAUAGUGAUGAGUGUAGUGAUGAGUCUAAUGAUGAAAGUAAUAAAAUAAUGAAAAGAGAAAAUAAUUCUGAUUCAAAAGUGGUUCAAAUUGGCAAUAAACAACCUUUAGACAAAGAGGUUAAACAAGCUGUCAAAGAUAACAUAAAAGAAUCAUCAUCAGAAAGUGAUAGCAGUGAUUCAAGUGAUGAUGGAAGUGAUGAUGCUAACAAAAAUUAUGAAGGCAAUAAAGUGUCUGAAAAUGAUGAAAGUGAAGAUGAAUUUGCAGCAGUAAAGAAAGAGUUAGCAGAUAUUCCAUUAGAGGAUUUAAUGAAAAUAAAAGAUAAACUUGGACUUAAAACGUUCAACAAAAUUAUGCAUGGGGAUAAAUUUGAGGAAAAGAAACAAAAAGUUUUUAAAAGAGAAAACAAAAACAGACCAAUGGAAAUAUCAGCAAAGAAACGGAUUCCAGUCAUAAGAAAUGCAAUGGUUCCCAAAGAAAAGGUACGAAGGGAUCCAAGAUUUGACGAUUUAUCAGGAGAAUUCCAGGACAAGCAUUUCAUGAAAAAUUAUGCUUUUCUCGAUGACGUAAAACAAAAAGAGAAAUUGCUUGUACAGAAAAAAAUGAAACAGACAAAAGAUGAAGAAAAGAAGAAAGAACUUUCAAAACUGCUUAAUAGAAUGAAUCAACAAGAGCAAUUAGAACAGAAAAAGAGACAUAGAAUAGAAUUGGAGCAGCAAUGGAAGCAGAAAGAGAAACAGCUUGUGAAAGAAGGGAAGACGCCAUACUUCCUUAAGAAAUCUGAUAAGAAGAAACUUGAGUUAGCAGAGAAGUUUAAGGAGUUACAGAAAUCAGGGAAAGUGGACCAGUAUAUGAGUAAGAAAAUGAAAAAGAAUGCCCAGAAAGAGAAGAAAAAACUACCAGGAAGACAUGAGAGAUUUCAGUGAAAAUGACAUUAAAGUGACAUUAAAUACCAGCAAGACAUCAGAGAUUUAUGUGAAAGUGACAUUAAAUACCAGCAAGACAUCAGAGAUUUACGUGAAAAUGACCAAGACAUUAGAGAUUUAUGUGAAAAUUGUAAUUAUUCUGUUACUUUGAAAGUUUUUAUGAUUCAGCAAUCAACUUUGAAUUUUAUUAUUAUAUCUAAUCAAUUAUGUUAAAUUCAAGUAAAGAAAAAGGGAAUGGAGAACAAGACAUCCAAACACCACAUUAUAGAUAACUAUUCAACUACAGUACCUGUUUAAGUGUUUUAAAACUUCUCAUAAUUAAAUCGUAUUGAUGCAUUUGCAUUUAGCAAUUCCAUUGAAAAUAUUAUUAUUCAAUAAAAGGAUAUUUUACAAAUUACUUAGUGCAUUUUAUUUAAACUCUUUAAAUGAAAUUUUCUGAACCCUAUCUCAUUAAUAUGGGAAUUUAUGAUUAAGACGUAUUUUCUUGAAUUUUAUUCUUUAUGAAAACGUUACACAGAUUUUUAAAAAAAAAGAUAAAUGAUUGGGUAAUCAGUUGUUUUAGUGCACGAAAUAAGCAAAUAAAGAAUGAGCUGUU